AUGCCCGAGUCCCAACUUGACACAAGAGUACUUGUUUCACAUGUUGUAAAUGGCUCUCUGGUUCGCGUCGGAAACAAGGGCCAAGGUGCAUCUGGCAGUUUCAAGCUCGGAGAGAAGGCCGCCAAGGCCCCCAAGGUCAAGAAGACCCUAAAGGUCGCGAAGGCCGCCAAGCCGAAGAAGGCUGCCGACAAACCAAAGAAGGCGAAGAAGCCAAAGGCCGCAGCCAAAAAGCCCAAGACUCCCAAGAAGGCGGUCGCCAAGAAACCCAAG